AUUCAGAGGACUCAAACUUUGAGGGAAUUAUUGAUUCUAAUAAUGAUCUCCAUGACGAGGAUGAUGACAUCCAGUUUGAACAAAAUGUGGAUGGUAACCGGGUUAAUGAGUGGGAUGAGAUGGGGUAUGAGGGAAACAUAUCAGAGGAUGAUGGAUUUGGUUCAGAGGGAGAAGAUGAAGAUUAAUUAGUAUUCAUCAGAUGAGGAUGGUCAAGACAGAGCCAGGUUUCCUGUCAAGUGUAGGAAAAGGUUCAGCCAGUGGAGGCAGUUUAAUGCAAAGGAUGAUAUGAAGAACCCUACAUUUGAGUUGGGGAUGGAGUUUGCAAACUCUAAGGUGUUCAAGAAUGCUAUUAGGAAGCAUUCUGUUAUAACAAAGAAGGAGCUUAGAUUUAAACCAAACACAAGGCACAAGGUGAGCUUCUGCUACUAGUUGUCUUGUUUAUCCAUUUUGGUUAACUUGUGUUAGGAUUAUGUGUUUCUAACUUUAUCAUGUGUUUUGCUUAGGUGUGUGCUGUCUGCAGGACAUCUCCUAACUGUCGAUGGAUGAUUUAUGCAUCAAACACUGAUCUAGACAACCCCACCUUAUUCAUCAAAAGUUUGCGGCUUGAACACACUUGUAGUUCACUUGUUGGGAAGGUCUACCAUAUGCAUGCUCCCUUCAUUGCAGAAGAAUAUCAAGAGUUUUUUAUGAGUGAUCCAAAUUGGACAAGGGAAGGCAUGCAGAAUGCAAUUAACAAAGACUUUGGCAUGUCAGUUGGAUAUCAAAUGUGUUAUCGAGCCAAGAUGAGAGCCAAGAAGCUAGCUCAAGGCAGCUAUGAGGACCAGUACAAUUUGGUGGAAUCAUAUGCACGUGAGCUCAAGAAGACGAAUCCUGGAACUUCAGUUUGGAUACAAACUGAACUUGAUGGGGAGAUAGUCAGAUUCAAGAGGAUUUACAUUUGUAUUGCUGCUUUGAAAAAGGGUUGGAGAGAGGGAUGUAGACCAUACAUUGGGUUGGAUGACUGCCACUUAAAGACUGUGCACAAAGGUCAGCUCCUCUCUGCAGUUGGAAUAGAUGGAAAUAAUGGAAUAUAUCCAAUAGCAUGGGCAAUUGUUUAGGCAGAAACUAGGGAGAGUUGGACAUGGUUCUUGGAGUUCUUGAAGGCAGAUCUUGACAUCCAUCACUCAAGGCAUUAUACCUUUAUGAGUGACAAGCAAAAAGGCCUUGAGCAGGCCAUUAAAGAGUUGUUUCCGGAUGCUGCACAUAGGCAUUGUGUAAGGCAUCUGCAUAACAACUUCAAGAAUGAUGGACACACAGGUUUGGAGUUGAAACAGAAAUUAUGGGUAGUGGCCAGAAGCUGUACCAUGAAUACAUUUAACGAGGCAAUGGAAGAUUUGAAGAAAAGCUCACUUACUGGAUGGCAAUGGUGCUUGGAUAGGCCAGCCAAACAUUGGUCAAAGUCACACUUUGACCAUAAAUUCAAGUGUGAUUUUCUUUUAAAUAACCACAGUGAAAGCUUUAACAAGAGUGUGCUGCCAGCAAGGAAGAAACCUAUACUUGCAUGUUUGGAAGAAAUUAGAUUAGCAACCAUGGUCAGAUUAGCAAACAGAAGGAAUUCUGGCCCUAAUUGGAAGUGCAAAGUUGGACCAAGAGUGGAGAAGCAGCUGAAAAAGAAUGCAGAGUCCAGCCAUGAAUAUAGACCUGUUCCUUCAAGUCUUUGGAGGUAUGAGGUUCAAGGAAGAGGGGUGGGGUGUAAAAGUGGAGUAGUUGCACAACAGUCAGUUGCAUUGGAUCUUAGAAGUUGUACUUGUCAAAGAUGGGAUGUAUCUGGCUUGCCUUGCGAGCAUGGAAUAGCUGGAAUCUAUUCAAAAGGCAUGACACCUGAUGAUUUUGUGGAUCCAUACUACAGCAAGGACAUGUACAUGAAGGCAUAUGAGCCUGUCAUGCAUCCAAUAACUGGAGUGACUGAGUGGGAGAAGAUUAAUAGGCCAAUUGCACCACCUCUGUAUAGGAAGCAGCCAGGAAGGCCUAAAACAGCUAGGACUAAGGAACCGGGUAAGGUCUUUUCAAAAUGGGUUUAUGUUUAUGCAGUUAGUUCAAUUUUGGUUUCUAACUUGCACAAAUCACUUGAAUUUCUUGUAGGUGAAGUAGCCCCACCUCCUGGAUUAACAAAGCUGCCUAAGGUGUAUUACAGCCAGGUUACCUGUGGGAUUUGUAAGCAAAAAGGUCACAACAAGAGAACCUGCAAGAAAAUAAAUGAGGUAACCAGAUUUUUAUGUGUAAUUGUCAUUGUUGGAAGUGUUGUGAUUCUGUUGUUCGAUGUGUUGUCACCAAUUUGUGUGCAAAUUAUAUGUGUUGUGAUUCACUUUGUUGGUUCACUUUGUUGUUAUGCUUAUGUGCAGGCCCAAGCUCAACAAAAUGUGCAGCCCCAAGCUGCUGACCCUAUGGAGCCCCAAGGUGUUGAGAAUGUGCAGCCCCAAGCUACUGAGCCUAUCCAGCCACAAUCUCCUCACCUAGUGCAACCCCAAAUUGCUGAUCUUGUGCAGCCCCUAGCUCCUAACCCAAUGCAGCACCAAGCAGAAAAUGAAGAAGGCCCUGAAGAUGAUCAUGUAGCUACCCAACAAUCACAAGUUACUACAGCUACAGAAAGCUCAUCUCAGCCCCAAUUCAAAGCUAGAAGGUUCAAGUCACUUGCUCGCAGAAAACCCAGGCCUCAAUAGAUGACGCGCUUUUGGGAAGCGCAUAA